AUGGAAAACGACCUCGGGGAGAAAGAGAGCUUCACUCAGAAGGAGGUCAGACUCAUCCUGAUUGGACCAAGAUGGGCCGGUAAGAGCUUAUCUGGAAACACAAUCCUGAAAUGGGACAGGUUUGAGUGUGGCCGAACCAGAACAUCUCAGUCUGAGGGGAGACAUCAGGAGGUGGAGGGCAGGCACCUCGUCGUCGUCGAUACUCCGGGAUGGAACAACUCGCUCUCCCUGAACGAGAUCCCACAGGGUGAGAGGCAGAGGUUCAGACUCAACGUGUCCAAAUGCCCUCCCGGCCCACACGUGUUCCUGCUGGUGAUUCCCAUAGACACAGCCUUUUGUGCGGAACAGAGGAGGACCCUGGAGGAGCACAUGAAGCUCCUGGGGGAGCGGGUGUGGAGGUACACCAUGGUGCUCUUCACAUGUGGGGAUGUCCUCGGGAAGAAGACGAUAGAGCAGCACAUCGAGAGUGAGGGCGAUGCUCUCAGGUGGCUGGUAGGGAAAUGCAGGAACAGGUACCAUGUGUUCAUUAACAAGAAGAGCAGUGACACGUCUCAGGUGACACAUCUGCUGAAGAAGAUAGAUGAGAUGGUGUGGUACAACAAUGGGGGUUACUAUGAGGUCGAUGAGCAGACACUGAACAUCAUUCAAGAGAAGCAGCGAGAAGUGGCUGAAAGAGCGACAAAGAGACAAAAAAGGACGGAGGAAGAAAGACAACAAAUGAAAAAACUCAUUCCAGAGGAGAAGAUAACCAUCCCAAAGCUCCAGAUAAUUCUCUUGGGAAGCAGAGGCGUUGGAAAAACCUCAGUCGGGAACGUCAUCUUGGGAAUCAAAGACAAGGAAGAUGGGAAGACGACACACUCAGUGGCCCAGCAGGGUUUUGUGAAUAAAACUGACAUAACUGUUGUUGACACGCCAGGUUGGUGGAAAGACUUCCUUGUGUGUGACACUCCUGUAGCUAUCAGAGAGGAACUGAUGCUCAGCAUGUUUCUGUGUCGCCCUGGGCCUCAUGUUUUCCUGCUCAUGAUAGACUCCGAUGCAUCCUUUAACCACAAACACUUAGAAGCAGUGAAGACACAUAUGGAGCUACUAGGGAAAGGAGUGUGGGGCCACACUAUUGUAGUUUUCACCAGAGGAGACUGGUUGGGAGCACACAGCAUCGAGGAGUACAUCGAAGGCGAGGGAGAGGCCUUGCAGAUCCUGGUCCAACAAUGUGGAAACAGAUAUCACGUCAUUGAUAACAAGAAUGCAGAUGAUGGUACUCAAAUCAAAGAGAUGCUGGAGAAAAUCACUUGGACUGUGGCAGGAAACAACUGGGAGUGUUUUGUCCCAGAUGAGAAUAUAUACUCAACUAUUGUAGAGACAAGACGAAGAGUGGAAGAAGGGGCAAGACUGAGGCAAAGUCAGGUCAAGGCUAAAAAGAAACCCCUUGAAGGCUCCAGGAAUAAAUUGCAGGACCUGAAGAUAGUAAUGCUUGGUCAAAAAACUUUCGGAAAGAGUGCAACAGGAAACAACCUCCUGCACAAAGAUGUCUUCCCCACCUAUCAGAAUGAGCAGUGUCGUGUUGAGGAGGCAGAAGUUGAUGGCAGAUUGGUCACAGUGACUGACACCCCAGGCUGGUGGCUAAAGCCCUCCAUUGGCACUGAAGAGAUAGAGAAAGAAAUAGUCAGAGGAAUAUCGUUGAGUCCAUUAGGGGUUCAUGCCAUUCUGUUGGUUGUCCCCUUGGACCUGACAUUCAGAGAACCACAGCAGGUUGCCCUGGAAGAACACAUGAGUCUCUUUGAUUCCAUCGUCUGGAAAUAUACGAUUGUUCUGUUCACAUACGGAGACAACCUAGUAGAAAAAUCAGUAGAAGAGCACAUUGAGAAGGAGCACAGUGCUCUACGAUGGUUGGUAGACAAGUGUGAGAACCGGUAUCAUGUAAUAAGCAACAUAAAGAAAAAUGACACAAGGCAGGUCACAGAGCUGUUUGAGAAGAUAGAGGAAAUGGUGGCAGGCAACAGCAUUCAGUUGUUCUGCCCUGACAUGGACGACAUCCAAGAGCGACUCAUUGAGAUGUUCAGAAGGAGGCAGAUCAAACAGCUGCUGAAGCAGUCCUUUGAGGAGACGUACAGAAGGAGAGAACUGGAGCUGCUGACAGGCUUCCGGAAAACACUCCUCGAGCUGCAAUCUAAGACCAGAGGAAGUGCGACAAGCAUUUUUCCCAGGUCAACAGCUCGUGACCUGGACAAAUUCAAAAUCAAGGGCAUCGGUUAUAGAAAGAAAGAUGAGAAGCAGGAAAACUUGCAUGCAGAAAUCAGCCAGGAAAUUGAAAAUCUAAACAAGGAGAUAAUGAGAUCCACAGAUCUUCUUGGGAAAAGCAUGGACUUCUUGAUCCCAGAGUUUAAAGGAGAAAAUCCAGAAUCAACAAUUCCUGAUUCUUUGUCAGAAAGAAGAGCUAGCAUCAACUUUGACAUCAAAGUUGCCAGUUGGCUGACCAAACUUCAGAUCGCCACAAAUGUUGACAACCAGCUGAGUCUUAACUUCUCUGAGUCAUCAGGAUACAGAUCUGUGCUGCCCCAAGACCACCUGGAUUUUCAUAUGGAAGAAAAUAUUACUGGAUAA